AUGCCCGCCGGCACAAUGUUUGCCAAAUUCAAGAGCACCAAUGUGGCCGCAUCCACAGCCACUCAAAGCGUUGCCGAUGGCAAUCCCAUUACGCAGUACUUCGAAAUCGGCAAGCCUGUGGCCUGUGCCGGCCCAGAAUUGGUAUGGCGCAUUCAUGAUGCCUACCGCAAGAGCGACAACAAGGAAUGUUCGGUGUUUAUAUUCGAGAAGAAAAUUGCCGAGAAGCUGCACAAGCCGCGACGCAAGGAGACCAUAACGGAGCUGCUAAAGAGUUCGGUUAAGACACUGGAGCGCUUCCGUCAUCCGCGGAUACUACAAAUCUAUCACACGGUCGAGGAAAGUGCGGAUACGUUGGCCUUCGCCUCUGAGCCCAUCUUCGCCAGCCUCUCGAAUGUCCUGGCCUUUCACGAGUCGAAGACCUACGAAACAACCAAUGUCACGCCGGCGGCGGGUGGAGCAGCAGCUGCCCAGGCACAGGCGGCGGCGAGUACUGUGCCACAGCGACCGGCCCAUGCCAAGGAAUACAAUUUCUUGGACAUGGAGCUGAAGUACGGCUUUCUCCAGCUGACCGAGGCACUGGCGUAUCUGCACUAUUCCGGUCACGUAAUUCAUCGCAAUGUGUGUCCAUCUUCUAUACUAAUAACCAAGCGCGGUAUCUGGAAGCUGGCCGGCAUGGAAUAUGUGGAGCGAAUGAACGAGAACGAUUUGAACAGCUCCAUUCCGUGCCCGCCAUGGAGCAACCGAGUGUCCAAAAUGGCCCAGCCGAAUCUCGACUUUAUGGCUCCCGAAACUCAGUCAACGUCCAAGUGCAGCCUGCUCAGCGACAUGUUCUCGCUGGGAAUGGUGAUCUGUGCGGUCUUUAACAACGGAAGGCCACUGAUACAGGCCGGCAACUCCACCUCCAACUAUGCCAAGCAAAUGGAAACGCUGGAUGAUCUGGUCCACAAGUUGAUGCCCAGGCUGCCAAUUGCCCUGCAGGAGGCCACUUCGCGUAUGGCCAGUCGAGAUGCAACGGCCAGACCCACCGCCCAACUGCUGCAGCUCAUCAAGUACUUCAUCGAUACGCCAAUAAACGCUCUCAAAUUCCUGGACGUGGUCAACAUGAAGGACACGCAACAGAAGUCCCAGUUCUACAAGACCACCUUGAUCGAGGCCAUGCCGUUGAUACCACGUAAACUCUGGUGGCAGAACAUCUGGCCCAUGCUCAAGUCGGAGAUCAACAAUAACGAGGUCCUGGCCGCUGUCCUGCAGCCAGUAAUGCUCUUUGUCCAGGAAGCCACGCUCACGGAGUACGACAACCUCAUGUCGGCCACCAUGAAAAUCAUCUACAAUACACCGAAAUCCAUUCAGGCCAGCGUUACGAUACUUGAGAAUUUGCAUUUGAUUAUUGAGAAGACGAAGCCCGAGGACGUUACCACAGACAUAAUGCCAAUGUUGUUCUACUCCUUCGAUGGCUCCACGAUACAAGUGCAGAGCGCUGCCGUUGUGGCUGUGGCCAAUGUGUUUGAUAGCAUCGAUGAGCUCUCCAUUCGCCGGAUGGUCUUGCCCAAGGUGAAAAUGGUAUUCGAGAAGAACAUAACCGACCCGAAGAUAGUACAGAAUGUACUCAUGUGCAUUGAACGCGUCAUGGACCGCAUGGAACGGGCUCAGGUAAUGGAUGAGGUUUUGCCAUUGCUGGCUAACAUUCGCAUACCCGAUCCUGAUAUCAUCAUGCGUACUGUGCGUAUCUAUCACAAACUGUUUGUGGACAAAACUUAUGGCCUGACUGUGGAGACGAUGGCCACCAAUGUUCUGCCCCUGCUCAUUCCGCACACCGUCAAUCCGGCACUCAAUUUCGAGCAAUAUUGCUACCUGCUGGAGGUGCUGCAGCAAAUGCUAGAGGCCAUCGAUCGCCAGCAGAGGAACAAGUUGAAGCUGGACAAUCUGUCGAUGGCCUCGCCGGAACGUCACCGCACCCUGCGCCAUCAAUUCUCGACGGACAACAUGAAUGCGCCGCCCUUCAAUAUUCCCAACUUGCGAAUAGAUCAACGCAAGACAUCCAGUGCCGAGGACAUGGCCCGCAAAAAUUCUGGCGGCUCCGGCAUGCUGGGUGGCUGGUGGUUUGGCUGCUCGCCCUCGUCGCCGGACAGCAAUUUCCUGCGCGUGGGCAACGUGUUCCCCAACCGGCGGCUCUCGGACAACACACUGAUGACCCCGAAGAUCCGGAUAGCGCCAUCGUGCGCCUCCUCGCCGGGCGGUACUCCUGGCAGCGGGCUGCCGACGCGUCGCCACUCAAGCAUUGGGCCCCAAGAGCGGCGUGGCUCCACCAUCAAUUUGUCACCGCCAACUUACGGUGCCCGCGGUAGCUCUGGAUCGAGUCUAUCGGUGCCAUCCACUUCGGUCUAUGUUAAAUCUCCUUUAUUGUACUCCCAAAAACAGGGUGGCUCCAUGCCGAACACCUCGAGCAGUGUACCAUUCCUGCUAUCUUCGAGUAUGCAAUCGAUAAGGUCACGUCGCCAGUCAACCGUCCUGUCAUCGGGUCCACUUGGCUCCGGAUCGGGGCUAUUGCAGCAAUUGGGAUCCGGCAUGUAUCAACUAUUCUCCGGACGUAACUAAACAGAUAAAUACAUUCAAAAGAAUCCAAUUACUUUUCAAUGCAAUUUCGGUCCAUUUAUGAAACACCAGUAAUCAACUUAUAUAUAUUAGCGGUAUAAAACAUAAAAAUAUAUAACAUUGUAAACGUCUACCCGAAAGCGAACCGCAAGCUUAACUAAGUAAUUUCAGUCGAAUCUCUAAAUGUUGUUAGCCAAACCAAUUCGAUGUGACCAAUGCGACAUAAUAAUCACAAAUUAAUUGUAAUUUAUUCAAACAACAAAAGUGUCAAACACAAUCCAGCAAUCACAAUGAAAUACACGAUCCAAAAAAAAAAAAACUUAAAACCAAAAUACACUAUGCAGAAUGCAAUCAGUUCAUAGAAACCCUAACUAUUCUUGAAUACAUUAUAUAUUUAUUAUGAAUGUUUUACGCUAGGCCAAGAUACAUGUCAAAUAUACCUCUAUGUGUCAUAGAAAUCAUGCAAAUUAUAUUUUCAUUUAAUUCAUAAAUAAGAAACUCAUAUCAUUGUGAAUUAUUGAUUUAUUUUGCCAACAUCAACCAUAUCGCUAUCUCGGAUACAAAUAUGCAAUCAAAUAAGAGGAAAUCGUGUACCUACAUCGUACCUAGCACCAUAAAAAUCAAACUUAUCACAGAGCUUUACAGCAAACGCAAUCAAAAAAAAAAAAAAAAACGAAAAAUAAUGAAUAUAAAUAACCAUGAAAGAGAAGUUUAUUUUUAGCCAAGAACCUCGAGGGGUUCCCGCCUGCGCUUUACAGUGAUGAAUUACAUAUAUCUAUAUAUAUAUUUCCCAUCAUUCAAUCCAUUAUAUAUACACUCUACUCUGUUCAACCGGAAUAUCUAUGCAAACCACACCCAAAACUACUACUAAGGUGAAUACACACGAAACCAAACCAAGGUCCACCGAUCCACUAACUACCGAUCCAAAAUAGAACCAGAAUCAUUAUUGCAGCCGAUGUUCCUGAAGGCAAACAUCUCAAAUCUCAAAAUUUAUAGUCAAUUUGUAUAAUUGGGCAGCUAUAUAUAUGCGUUUUAGUGUGUGGUAUCUGGUAUAUUGUAAACUCUUGAAAAUUUAUAUAGUGAAGACGUCAUAAAUGUAUUCAUAAAGUAACAAAAACGGCAAUUAAAGCGAUUAUCAUUGUUGUGGUAUGUUUAGAGGAGUAGAAAUGAAAAAAAAAAACUAAAACCAAAUAUGAAUUUAUAUAUGUAUACAAGCAAGAAGCAAGACGAACUCUACCUAGGACACGCUAAAACCUACUUUAUAUACACAUACAUAUGAUCUAUAAUGCUCUGAAUAAAACACGAACGGGAACGGGACAAUCAAAAUUGAACCGACAUUAAUUCUAUAAAAAAUACGAAUUUCCAAAAGUAAUAUCUUUAUAUAGUUUAUGUUACAUUUGUUGUCGUUGUGUUUGUUCGAUCCGUUGGAUCUGCAUUUGGUUUUAAUGCCACCUUGAAGAUAAAUCCUGAAAACUCCAGCAUAUCCUUGCCAUGCACCUGAAUCUUUGCUUUGCAUUUUGUUCAUUCUGAAGUUUUUCGUUUAAUAUUUGGUUACGUUUUGCGAUCUUAGACAAGGCAUAUCGUUAUGGUUUACUAGCGUUUAAUCGUACGUAUACAUAAUUAGAUUUACUUAAUUUUAAAUUAAUGUUUACGUGAGAGGACACACAAACUAAACAAAACCAAAAAACGAAAAAAAGAAACAAAAAACAAAAAGCAAAAAAAUGAUAAAUGAAAAAGGGGAAAACCAAAAGCUCAAACUGGACUGAACAUUUAAGAAUUAUAUUAUGUACAUUAUUGAAUUGCAUUUGAUUGUGUGAAGAUCGUUUUAAAUGAGAGUAACUACGGUUAAUAUUAAAGGGUAUAUUAUAUUUGUAUUCGAACAAUUUGUAUGUAUAACUCUGAUCGUAUGUACGUUAUGUUAUUGUAAGUGUGACAUCCUAGAACCUAUUACGAAAUUGAAAUGAAAAGCCAACUCUGUCUCUUGUGAUUCUAUUGUGAUGCUAUGGGAGUCAAGCAGCACUCAACUGUUUUUAUGCCUCUUAAAGUUUAAAACAAAGCUAAUCGAAGCAAAAACCAAAGGAACUAAACUACCUAUCUCUAUAUACUCUAGUCUAUGCAAUGCAAAUUGGCAACCAACAACUAUUGAAAACAAUCAUGCACAAUAAAUGUUAUGCAAUUGAGAGAAUCCAAGGCCAAAAGACCCUUAACCUUAAACUUUUUCUUAUACUCGUACUUACACUACUUGAAGUAAUUGUGUACAACUAAAGGAAUUCUAGAUUUUAAAUGUGCUAAAACUGUUUAUAGUCAAGUACUUAAUUAUGAGUGUAAUUAUCGAAUAUUAAUACGUACAAAACGGUUGGGGCAUUCGGCAUAGUAAUACUUUAAUGUAUAAAAGUGGGAUCGAUGGUUGAUUGAUAAGAUGGAAAAGUGCAAAAUGCAUGUGACAAUGUACGUAUAUAAAAACAAAACAAAAUUGAAUUUAAAUGUUUAAUAAAUGUGUGGAAAUGA